GGGAGACGAACAAAUUGUGGCGCGCCUACCCAACCCAGACAGCGGCCUGCCUGUCAGUGCCUGGGGAUGAGUGAGGUCGGUAACGUAAGUGCGCGCGAGACCUUGUCUGGGCCACGUAGCGAUGGAUCUACAGUAGCACUGCUAACAUAUCAGUGUCAUACAUUCUAAAAAUGCAUUAGUACAAACACAUUUGCAAUUGAGCAUGCAAUAGGAUUAUCAAACAGUGGUGAACUGCAACAGUAGCUGGCUCUUUUUGUGCGUCUGCAGCACUCCAGAAUCCCUUGCAACUGAUUGCACGAAAUGAGAAAGAGGGCGCUCUCACCGAAGGUAAGGCGGCAGAUUGCAGAUGGCUCCCGAAACGAGGCACAGAAGUUCCGACUGCGGCUCAAAGUCCGGCGUGAAGCUCCCCCUCAAGACGGAAGCUUAAAGGCUGAAGCCCCGACGGACAAUAUAACAUUGACAGCCUCGAGCGAGAGACUAACCUGAGAGGCUUCAUCAGCGGAGAGACCAAAACCUCAGAGGUUGAAGAGCAGACACCCCAGCUUCCAGAGAAGCUUUGAGAGUCGAGCUCAACAGAAGCCUAUGGAACAAAGCUGUAGCAGAAUGUCAGUCGCGGUCUGUCCUCAGUCUUAAGCAUGGAUGCCCUGUUUGAAUCUGGGUGACGCUUUCUUCCCUUCCUCCUUCCUGUCUCCUCAGUGGCGGGAGGGGUGGGGGAUUGCUUUCGUUCCCCCUGCCCCUCCUUACAACAUAGCGAGGGUACUCUCACAGUUUAAGAAUACCAACACUGGUAACAAACCUCUGGCUGUGCUUCAACUAGCACUACUACAGUCUCCCCCUCCCUCACACAUGAAAUCCUGCCAGAGCCUGAAGGGAGAGGUGUCCAGCCCAGGUGGGAUGUCACAGGAGGGGCGCAGAACGCAGCAGGUGGCCCAGUCCUACUACCACUCCUCCGCCCCAGACCUGGACCUAGCGGGCAAGCUGUACAAGCGGGAAGGCGGGGGCAAGCCUUACUCUGUGCUAGUGGACAACAAGAUGGCAGCCAAGACCCCCAUUGGUGACCAGACCCCCAGUCAGUUGUCCCCACAGCUGACUGGGGGUCUGCUGUCCUCCCAGCAGCAGUACUACAGAGAGGGGACAGUAGGGCAGGAGGGGGGUGCGCAGGGAUCCCAGGCAGGCAAUGGGGGCACCUCCGAGGACUCUGAGGAAGAAGAGGAGGAGGAGGAGUCCUUCAAGCGGGAGCAGAUCAUCGUGGAGGUCAACUUGAACAAUCAGACACUUAACGUAUCAAAGGGGGACAAGUCCGCCCCCCAAACUGAUGCCUCAGAGAGACACUGCAGCGAAGAAGAGGAGGAGGAGGAGGAGGAGGAAGAAGAAGAAGAAGAGGAGGAAGAUCUGGAGGAGGAAGAAGAGGAGGAGGAGGAAGAAGAGGAGGAAGAAAUAGAGAGCCGCAGAACGAGAGCCAAGCGGGUCCGGCGUGGGGUGGCCCCCUCUACCAGUCAGCCCCGGAAGAAGACCCAGUGCACUGCUCUAGGCGCCACCGGCAUGACCACCAGGGGCCGACGGAAGAAGACCACCCAGCCGCCCAAGAGGACGCGCCGGACUGCCAGGGAGGGCAAGGGGACCCCCUCCUCAGCUGGCUCUGCCACGGGGGAUAAAGAGGAUGGGGAGGAGCGGGAGACGCUGGCGUGUGAAAAGUGCCCCCGUGUCUUCAACACCCGCUGGUACCUGGAGAAGCACAUGAACGUCACACACAGACGUAUGCAAAUCUGUGACAAGUGUGGCAAGAAGUUUGUCCUGGAGAGUGAGCUGGCCUUACACCAGCAGACUGACUGUGAAAAGAACAUCCAGUGCGUCUCCUGCAACAAGUCUUUCAAGAAGCUGUGGUCGCUGCACGAGCACAUCAAGAUCGUGCACGGCUACGCAGAGAAGAAGUUUGCCUGUGAGAUCUGUGACAAGAAGUUCUACACGAUGGCUCAUGUCCGCAAGCACAUGGUUGCUCACACUAAGGACAUGCCGUUCACCUGUGAGACCUGUGGCAAGUCGUUCAAGCGCAGCAUGUCCCUGAAGGUUCACUCGCUGCAGCACUCUGGGGAGAAGCCCUUCCGCUGUGAGAACUGUGCCGAGAGGUUCCAGUAUAAGUACCAGCUACGCUCCCACAUGAGCAUCCACAUCGGACACAAGCAGUUCAUGUGUCAGUGGUGUGGCAAGGACUUCAACAUGAAGCAGUACUUUGACGAGCACAUGAAAACACACACCGGAGAGAAGCCGUUCAUCUGUGAGAUCUGUGGGAAGAGCUUCACCAGUCGGCCCAACAUGAAGCGCCACCGCCGCACCCACACAGGAGAGAAGCCCUACCCCUGCGAGUUGUGCAGCCAGCGCUUCCGCUUCUCCAACAUGCUCAAGGCCCACAAGGAGAAGUGCUUCCGGGUCACCAGCCCUGUGACUCUGCAGGCCAGCAGCCUCCCCCUGCCUCUCCACCUCUCUGCCCCCUCCUCCUCUGGCCCCGGCCCGGGCCUCGCUCCCUCAGCUGCCACCACCUCCGCCCCUCUGGGCCUCAGCCCGGCAGGAGGGGCUCUUCCCCCACGCGCCCCCGUGGGACACGCCACCUUCUCCCACCUGCACAUGACCCCCUCUCACCAUCUCCCUCACCACCACACGUCGCAACAGCAGCAGCACCACCCUGGCACGCCUCUGCAAGCACCCCCUCUCCCCCACCACCACCUGCCUGUGCCCCCUGUCUCUCCUCCCCCCGCCCUCUUCAAGAGCGAGCCCCUCACCCACUGUGGGCAGGAGGACAGCAGCUACCUGCGUUACAUGGCACCGCAAGACAAAGGGCCUGGGGCCCCCCAGCAUCACUGAACCCUAUGUGGGCCCUGGGCUCCAGGCCUGCCUGCCACACCUCAAUUACCCCCACUCCAACUCUCCCUGGCCCCUGGUGUAGAACGGCCGCUCGAAUACUGAUAUGAACAUGACACUCACAGCUCAGUACACACCAGUGUGUGUGGGAGAGCGUGAGGGAAACAGACAGGUACACUUUCAGUCUACACUUUAGAUAAGUGAGUGACCCACUUAGCUAGAGACCCAAGUCAACUGACACAGAUUUUUACAACCUCUGCUCAUAUCUUUUCUUGUGAAAAUAUUCUUCGAAAAUCCUGUGUUCUUAGACAACCUGCCUCCCAUGGUAGAAGGCUGUGUGUGUGUACCGGUAUGUGAGUUAUCCCUUGUUUGUGUCCAUUUUAUCCUCUCCACUGACAGCUGCUAAUGUCAUUAUUCUACUAGUGGUUCCUUAUCCAGGUAGCGGGUCAGAACAGAUCCAUUUCAUCAACUUAGUCCUUCGCGUCGACUGACUUUAACAACGGUUGCACAAUUCGGGGGAGUUGUAAGUCCUGGUCCUAAGGCUGACCCGUAGGAUCAUGGGGUCACCAAGGUCUUGUUGAAUGUUUACCAUCCUGGUGCCGACUGGGUCUCCCACUGUCUCUCCCUAAGGAAUUCCACACUGGCUCUACCAGCAGUAGGCCAGGAAUCACUGCCACAGGUUACAGUGGGGAGGUUAGAAAACGCCUGUUAGUGCUACUACUAGUCUGUUGCAACAGAGAUUCUGGUUAAUUGGUGCUUUCAUUGCAGUACUAGACAUAUUUCUUAUACGCAGGCUAGAUCUCGUAACAUCUGGAGUGUAAUGUAACAGUGUGUGGGAUUGGUUGUGUUGUUGUGAUGCAGUUCUGGGAUUUGUCUUCUUGACUGACAUAUACAGUCUUAGAGCUGACAAGGUCAGACGUUCCCAACAGAACAAACGUGAUGAACCUGAACGUGCUGUCAUGUAUACACACACACACACACACACACACACUUCAAAAUGCAGUACGUCAUCACUGGUCUCACUUCACACAAAAUGCUUGUCAAGAGAUUAUUGUAUUUUUUUGUCUUCUGUAAUCAAAACAGUUCAAAUACCGCCACUGUGACGGGUUAUCACAUACGACCCAACCUGGACCUCGCAUGUCUCUUCUGUCUCUCUUUCUCCGUCUCUCGCUCCUCUGUCUCUUCCCCCGCUGCUGCUGCUGAGAUAAUACGGGUCACCCUGUAAAAGGUCAUUAAAACACAAGGUUCUGACCUUUUCAGCACAACUCUUAACUGAAAAAUCUGUAUUUUUUUCCAACCAGCCUAUCUUCCACAGCUUGGUGUGGAGCAGGACACGUUUUGUUGUUGUAAUGUAACGGUUUGUUCUCCUUAGUGUUACAUAUUACAUAAGGUUACGCAAACAUUGAGGCCCUAUCUCACACGUUGGCAAAUAAUGAUGAAUCAAAACAUGUUGAAUGUUGCCUAGAUGUAGUGAUACGGGCUAACGGUUUAGCAAUCAAAUGUGUUAUUUUCUAGUAAUAUUUUCUGGAAAUAUGCUACAUUCAGUUUCAGACUGAAGAAUUGUUCUCAUCUCGCUCGGAACAUCCUGUUGAGUGAUCGGUUGGGGGAUUAUGUCUAACAUGCGUUUCAAUUUCUGGUGUUAGAUACAUUUACUCAAGUUGUACAUUUACUCAAAGAAAUCACGUUUGCAUAUGUAACCUUUUUAUUGUGUGAAUGUUCCCGCUGUCCCAUUGUAUGAUAUUCUGACAGUCCGGUUGUUGUUCGUAUUGAUGAAUGACCGAGAGAGAUUCUGUCUUGUCAGAUUGUUGGUAGUGGGUUGUAGGAGGUUGAUUUUGUACACACACAAGAAUAUGUCUGACAUGUUUCUGUGGAUUAACACAUAAUGGGUAUAGCAUAGUGGUGGUUCAGGCUGAGUACUGGAUCAGGUUACUGUUUGUAUAUUGGGAGAAACUGAAGAGGAACAGUAGCAUCCAUUAGCAAGUCCCUGUACCAUCUUGAGUUGCGGGUAUUUGGCCCAUUGGAUUUGGUUUAACAGAUGCCCACCCUCUAGAGAGCUACAACCAUUCUGCCAUUACUGUGGGUCUGUUAGUUGGGCCUCAGAAUCAGCUUAACCAUGAGUUACUUACUGUUUUUCAUGGCGUUUCAGUAUGAGGCUUUUUUUCUUUCUUUUUUUUUAACGUUCGUUUUAAAAAGCUUUUCUAUUUGUGUGUAUCCUCUGCACUUUACUGCUGCGUGAGCGAGUCGCAGUGAAGGGAGGGACUGACAAUGCAUUGUGUGAGUGAAGUGAUGUGUUGGUUCAUGGAGGAGGGAGGCGGUUGGUUUGGUGAGGGGCUGUUUGAGUAAGGAAAAGGAGGAGAAUCAAUCUGGAGGUGGAUAGCGUGGAAGGGACCAUGGCAUAAGGAAAUGUUUUGUUUAGUUCAUAUAUUUUUUUAUUUUUUAUUCCUGUAAGUCAAUAGACUGGCUCUAAUAUGGACUCCCAAAGAGUGAUCGAGUAGUGUUGUUCCUCCUGCUUUGGCGAUUUUUACACUAGCCCCUCCCUGCUUCAUCUGAUCUGAAAUACAUUGAGGUGUUUGUCUGCCUCAUCCAGAGGUUCCUCUUUGUUGUGUAACAUUUUCUCUUCCGAUUUACUGUAUGAUUCUCCUCCUUUCAUAUUUGUUAUAUAGAAUGCACUUUUGACUAAAAUCCUGGCUAGUUAAGAAAAAUAACAAUGUAUAUUCUUUAAAGAUGUAAAAAGAAAAAAAAAAUCAAUAUACUUUUUCCCCUCAAGUAUUUUUAACCACUUAAUGUAGCAUUGCAUAUUUUAUUAUUGUGAGUAUCUGGUACAAAAUUGUGCAGCUUUAUACUGUCCUGGGUUGUUUUUUUGGUGGGGGUGGGGGGUUGUUUUGUAUGUUUGUUUUUGGAGAUUGAGGAGAAGUUGUAAUGUUGGGCCUUUUUUUAAUAAUGUACAUUUAACAGACUCUGCUAACUUUCAGAAGUAAAAAACGAGUAGCCAUAAUUAUCACACGUGUGUGCUGUCGUGUGUUCUUCUUUGUCAGAUCCUAUGUGGUAUUGGUAGCUUCGUGUGCAUUUGAAAACUAAUCUUUGCAUUAACCUUUCUAGCGCAGGCGUUCUGCUAGCGGAACCCCUCGUCAACAUUUUGCUGAAGGCAGCAUGCAAAAUUCAAAAAUAUUUUUUUGAAAUAUGUAACUUUCACACAUUAAACAAGUCCAAUACA